UAUUUGUACUUCUGAAUCUUGCGAGUUUGAAUUGAAACUAAUGAAACAAUGCCAUUUUGGCAGUAUCAAAAACAAUUAGUCUAUUGUCGUUUAUCGAGAUGAUUGUAGUUUACUCACGGAAAACGAAGCUUUUGGAUUGCGACAACCCAUUAUUUCGUUUAAUAGUCAGUCAUUAAAAACGCGUUGCUUUGCAAUUCAAAUUUGAAGGUUACGAUUAGGUUAGUCUCAGGGCGAAAAAGAAAAUAUGGUUUACUCACUUAUUUUGGAAAAGAAUUCAGUCUUGCGUUUUUCACUUUUAUUAUUUACACUUAUGUUGUAACUUUCCUUUCAUAUCCGCUACAUUGGGAGCUGAUAUAUUUGAAAUGGAGAUUGACAUCAAAGAUUUAGAGGGUGUUACUUUGCUGCCUCUUGCAGAUGGGAGAGUUGCGUAUGUUGACAAGACAGGAACUGUAUUUAUGUGUGGCCUGAAAGAGGAAUUACUCACAGAUGAAUUUCAACAAUCACUAACUGUCGAAGGAGAUGAUGCAGAACCCUCUGAUAUCAUUGAUCAGCAAGAAGAUGCCCAGUUUAUUGUACCAGACUUAUUUUCUGAUCAGUGCACAAACUUAAUUCUUGGAACACCUGAAGCGGAGUACUUGACACAAAGUGUAGAGGAGAAUGAUGAUGAAGAGAAUGAACUUGAGAAAUGUGAAGUUGAUAUUGAACAAGUUGAUGAACUUCUUGACACCUCCAAAAAUAACAGCUUCAGUGUUUUACAAGUAGAUGAUGAUUGUGUUGAGCAAGUAACUGUAUUUAAGUGCAGAGCAUGCCUUUAUACAGCUGCAGAAAAGACCUCCAUAGUACAACACUAUGCAAAAGAGCACCUUAAAGUUACAUCCCAUUCCACCUACUUGUCAACACCAGGCACAAUCCCAGUGAGUGAAGAAUUUGAACGUCUUGCUCAGAGUGUAGUAGCAGAUUCCCAAGAUGACUUUUUGGAAGAUACUAACUUACCUGAAAGUGAGCCUGAGCAACUUUUGUAUGUGUGUGUAGAGUGUCAGGGUGCAUUUGAAAGCAUAGAGAUAUGCAAACAACACAUGAUACAAGAACAUAAGUUUGUCUCUGGACGAGGAAAGGCUCCACCUAAAGCACCAAUUCACAUUUUAUCAGAUGAAGGUACAGGUGUUCCUUCAGCGAGUGCUAUGGAACCUGUUGUGACUCUUACAGAGAGAGGAGUCCAAUGGCAAUCCAUUGAACUGAUGGAUAGGCCAGUUCUUAUUAGAAAUCAGGAAACCUCAAUUAAGAAGGAUGCCAUCAAAGAGGCAGGGAGUACUAGCUCUACUGCUGGGAAAAAAUUGGGUAAUUCUCCUAAAGAAGAGGUUCAGAAAGUAAAACAGCGUGCAAGAAAAAUUAAAUGCACUUUUCCUUCUUGUGUAUCUAAAUUUUCAAAUGACAAAGCUCUCCAAAUACAUAUAUCAUGUCAUUCCAAGGACAGAAGUGUUAAAGAGUUCCAUUGUGUCCACUGUGAUGAGAUAUUUGUAAGGUGGCGCUUGUGCUCAGCCCAUUUAUGGAGGGUUCAUAAGGUUGAUGUUGACCUAUUAACAUGCCCCACAUGCCAAGCAUACAAAGCUGCAACUCCUCUAAAGCUGGAAAUCCAUAUGCGUACUCAUGGAGAUUUGAGGCCAUAUCGUUGCAAAUUAUGCCCCAAAAGCUUCAAACAAUCGGCUCAACUCCGAAAUCAUUGUACAAGUGUUCAUGUGGACAAAAGUUCAGCGGAAACAAGCACUAGAUGGUAUAUGGAACAGCAGUGUAACCACUGUGGGAAAACAUAUUCUAAUGCGAAAGGGUUGAAAAGGCAUAUUCAGGCUGUCCACAGUAAAAUAAAGCCAUACGUUUGUAGUGUUUGUGGACAUUCUUCUGCUUGUAAAGCUAUGCUUGCUCUUCAUUUGCGUCAGCAUACUGGAGAGAAACCACAUGCCUGUACACAUUGCGACUAUCGCACUGGUGACCAUAACACACUUCGAAGACACAUGAUGCGUCACACUGGUGAACGCCCGUACAAGUGUCCAUAUUGCUCUUACUCAUCAAUUCAAAGUAACUGUUACAAAGCUCACCUGAGGAACCGUCAUCCUGGGGAGUCUGGGCUGUUUUCCUGCUCUUCCUGCACAUUUCAAACCAUUAAUCAGGAUACCUACGUUCAGCAUGUUGCAGACCACCAGAAAGGGCUGGUUGUACCGAGAGAAGAUGCCUCCACCAGUAAUGGAGAAGAGGUCGAAUAUUUCCCUGGAAAUGUUGCGGCAGCACAUCUUAUUUACAGAUACUUGGGAACAUUUCUGCCAGAACCUGGCCAAAAGCUGCCCCCAGCUAAUAUUACUGAUUCUCGAACAUCUGCAGACGGGACAACACAAUCAAUCACAAUUCAAAUUCCAUCUCAGGAGGAUCCCUCCAUUGUGGUAGAGGAUGAUGAAUCCUCUCAUUCCUUCUUUUUGAAAGGCACUGAUGAUGAUGUUGGUAUAGACACAGGUGGUAUAACAAUUCCUGCAGAACCAUCUGACUUGGGAAUAGUAGAAUCUUAGGUUUUUAUGGUUGAAGAGGGAGGAACUUUCUAUAAAAUAAUGAUGCUUUUUACCUCUUAGUUGUAGUCACUUUUGUGAUGUUAUACUUUCUCAUCAUUUUUAAUUUAAUUUCAAUUUAAGUGAAAGUUCUAUAACAUUUCUCCCCCAAUUUUUUCCCUUUCAAGUGUUUUUUUAAUACUUUGUGAUACAUAGAAUUUAUCAUGCAGUUAUCUGCACACAGUCAACAUCAGUAAUUAUACUGAGGUCUGGAUUAUGUUUUUAAAACUGUGGGCACUAUUAUGUUUGCAAUCACUUUGUGUGGUAAUUCAAUGUUUGCAUAAUUGUAUGUUAUUUCCCACCAAAUAGAUUGUCUUUGUUGGCAAUACUUAUUUUGUUAUCUUUGUUUUUUCUUUUGCUGAACUGUAUAAGUAAGUAAUGCUACCUAUUUUAUAUAAGUCAGUAAAAGCUAUGUUAUGUUUGAUUGAUUGAUUGAUUGUUUUUAUUGAUUAAGGUGGGUACAAGAGGACUUUAGAGUCCCACGGGUGCACCGCACCGCUCUCUACAAUAAUAUUGACAAAUUUGUGAGUAAGUUGAAAGAGGUAAAGCUGAUUACAGUGUUUACAUAUCACAGUAUUGCUUAUAGCUAUUCAUUAUUAAGUUUUUUAAGUAUUGCUUCAGUGAGUUUUCGUUGCUAUGAUUUAUGAAAUUAUGAACAGAGUAAUUAUUAUAUGAGUGAGACUGUGUGAGACUCUUUUCGUAGUUUUAUGAGGUACAUAUAUAUGACUGGAAAUAGAGACUGAGUAUUUGAGAUCUCUUGUUUAAUAAUUCCUAAGCCAAUUAUUAGUUUUGAAAUAAUCAGACAUCCAAGCUCAAAGUGUGUCUUAUAGAGCUGUUGCCCCCCCCCCCCUUUUCCCCCCCUUUAUUUUAAGAAAAAGGAUAUUGUCUUAACUUACUUUCUGUGUCUAGUACAGAAUGAAUUUUGACAGCAAUCAAACCUAGUAAUUUAAUAUAUAAAGUUAAGGAAUGGAGGACCUUAAUGCAUUUUCUGUGAUUGCACAUAAUGUGCUGUGAAGAAAAGCGCUGUGAUCACAAGGCCAUGGUAGGAUUAAUGAAAACUGCUAUGUAAGAUUGUACAAAUCUAGUUUAUGUAGAGCAGAACAGUUAGUUGUGCUGUAUAAUUUUGUGUCUGAAGUUUGUUGCAUUGUAGUUGGGAGCCUUUAUCUUGUGAUAAGCAACAUCUGGGCAUCUUGGUGAGGCAGUCGUCUUACUAACAUGUCCAUACUAAGAGAGUUGGGUUUUUCCUGGUCUCUGACACUUUGUCAUGUACUGUCCUGAUUAUGGUUUAAACUGGAAUGUGAUGGAAAAGACCAAAUGCAUUUCAUACCGUGUUUUUUCCCUUCAAGAUCAACAAUUUUCCGAUGUGAAGGAUAUGUUAUUUAUACCACCGGGAUUGGACCGUAACAUAUAUGUCUAUAGAUAUGUUUCAUCAGAUCAGAUCAGCUAUAUUUACUAAAUGUAAUAAUUGUGUAUCAUAGUUCCCCCCCAAAAGUAACAAAAUGAAGUGCAAUUUCUAUUACACUGCACUUCCGACUCCUCCUGAAAAAAAUCGCAGGAAUCUUAUAAAUCUAUAAUUAUUUCACUGAAGUUAUACUUGGGUCAUGCUGACCAUUUGAUUCCGGUAUGUUUUGGUAUGGCGAUUCUGCAAUAAUUUUAAAAUUGUUAAUGAUACAUAUUUACAUAAUCUUUAAGAUUACUCUCAACAGUAAAUUGGCUGUUUUAAUUAAUAUCACACCUCAAGCCUUACUUUGGCUGUUUAGUGUUCAUCACUAUUGUUAUGUGGAUAAAAUAAAA